AUGGACAUGACUGGCAUGAAUAUGUGUGGUGAUUACAUGUACUCUGGUCACACUUCGAUCAUCACUUCUUCGGCGCUCUUCAUUUUGGAGUAUUCUCCGCGCCGCUGGUGGGUCUACCACUACAUCGUUCAAAUUGCCGCCAUCAUCGGCGUUUUUUGCAUUCUAGUCGCUCAUGAGCACUACACGAUCGACAUAAUCAUUGCUUAUUACAUCGUGUCCAACCAUUUCUGGAUGUAUCACACGAUGGCCGCUAUUCCUGACGUAACGAGUCCUACUGGGUCAUCUACUCGGGUCCCGCUCACCCGAGCCUGGUGGUGGCGCAUUUUCAGAUUCAUGGAAGUGAACGUUCCAAGCCCGCUGCCGAUCGCGCACGAGAAUCCGCUUCUUCGCGUGCAUCGCUAUUUAAAAACAUUCACAGCGAAGACGCAGCCUCUAAGUCCGAUCUAA